AUGACUCGAUUUCCUGGUCGACACUCCAAACGACAAGAUGAAGAAGAAGGAAGAGCGACUCAAGAUUCGGAAGAUGAUAGAAGAGAACAAGAUGCUUUCCGAAUACAUUCAAUUGUAAAGAUGAUGGUGGAUAUUAACAGUCGGAUGUUAUUCCUCUUGUUCAUAUUUGUCAUCAUAUUCAUUACAAAUGGUCAACAACAAUCACGCCGGUCCAUGGUGACAAUUGUAUUAUUUGUUGAUUAUCACGAUCCGACAUUAAAUUAUCAUAUACAAUCGUCAAUUGCUGAAUAUGAACAAGAAUGGAUCAUUUCGUCGAUUUAUUUACAAACAAACACAAAGUUGACUAUUGAAACAAUAACAUAUCAAUCUCAAAAUCAACUGAAGCUAUUCGAAAAAAUAUGUUAUUUUCUCAAUUCAACGACUUAUUUAUUUGGCAUCACACAUUUUCGAUAUCAAUCGCCGACGUUUAUUCAUAAAAUUCUGUCUCAAAUGCAUAUUCCGCACAUGAGUGUGUCCAUGGUGACAAACAGUUCGAUGAAUAGUUACACAUUACAAAUGCAAACAAGUUCGGAACACUUCAGUAUGGCUAUACGUGAUCUAAUUGAUCAUUUCGAUUGGGGUUAUGAUCAUAAUGAAUUAGUUUUUAUCUACGAAAAGCAAUCGAGUUUAGAUCUUUUGUCGGAUGUUUUACGAGUGAAAAAUAAUCGUCAACCGACAGUUAAACUGAAGGCAUUGGCAUUGGAUUCCAAAGAAUUUGUUCGGCCUCGUUCAAUAUCGAGAGAAGUGGGAAAUAAAGCUGAUACAACAAAGAAGAUUAUCGUUGCGAUCACACAAAAAUCGCUCGAUCAGUUUCUCACUGAAGCACACCGAUUGGGCAUUGUCAGUACUUAUUAUCAUUUAUUGAUUGUCGGAGUUGAUGCAACACAAUUAAAUUGGACACAUUUAUACGAGAAUGGUGUUCAGUUAACUAGUUUACAGUUAACAUCCAACAAAACAAAUGCGAACUAUCGCAUUGAAUUAGCGUUGAUUAAAGAUGCGUUUGAUGCCGUGAAGUACAUUCUACGGCAACUGUUAUUUGAAGAUGAUUUUCCUAAAGAUCAAUAUCUUCAUCAACAGGAAUGUUCCUGGAGUAAAAUGUUAACAUUGAAUUCCUAUGUGGCAUUCAAACAACACGUUGGAGAACGAUUAUUGGAUAUAAGUCGGAUGAUCAAAUUUCUUGGUACUACUGGCGUCGUGGAUUUUGAUCGGAAUGGGUCACGUCGAUCACUGCAAUUACGAAUACUUGAUUUGAGUGAGCAAGGAAUGGUUGAAGUGGGUACAUGGACCCAUAAGAAUCGUUUAUCAAUCUCUCAGCUCGGUGUGAAACAGUUAACACAGAUUCGUAAACAUUUGGUGGUAGUAACACGAGAAGAAAAACCAUAUGUAUCAAAAAAAGUGGAUAGCAAUGGUUCGGUUUACUUCGAAGGAUAUUGUAUUGAUAUGCUCGAUGAAAUAGCUCGACGAUUGAACUUCAAUUAUUCGAUUCGUAUUGCAGACAAUGCUGCAUAUGGAAAAGAGGAUGAAAAUGGCCAAUGGACAGGUAUUAUUGGCGAACUAACCCGUCGAACCGCUGAUUUAGGUAUAGGAGCAUUAACAAUAACAUACCCACGUGAACAAGUUAUCGAUUUUACUAAACCCUUUAUGACAUUUGGCAUAACAAUCUUAUUUCGAAAACCUUUGAGAAAUCGACCAAAUUUAUUUGCUUUCCUGGCACCGUUAACACUCGAAGUCUGGCUCUGUAUGGCCAUGGCUUACAUUGGUGUUAGUAUAUUUCUUUUCUCCAUGGCCCGUUUUUCACCAUACGAAUGGCAAAGUCCGUACUCGUGUAAACGUAAUAGUGAAUAUUUAAUCAAUCGAUUUACAAUCGUCAACUGUUUUUGGUUUACUAUCGGUUCGCUAAUGAAGCAAACGAUUGACUAUGGCCCUCGUUCGGUUUCUACUCGUGUCUUGAUCGGUUCUUGGUGGUUCUUUUCGUUGAUUAUGAUCGCUUCUUAUACAGCUAAUCUUGCUGCUUUUCUCACGACAAAACGAUUGAAAUCGCCCAUUGAUGAUAUUGAAGCAUUAGCUAAACAAACUGAUAUAAAAUAUGGUGCUUUGAAAGGGGGCAGCACUGAACAAUUUUUCCGAAGCUCAAAGAUUCCAACCUACGAAAGAAUGUGGUAUUACAUGUCUUCACGGCCGGAAGUAUUUCCAGAAACAACAGAAGAAGGUAUUGAAUGGGUCAAGAAGCGUAAUUAUGCUUUUCUGCUGGAGUCAGCUACGAAUGAAUAUAAUGUACAACGUAAUUGUGAUCUUAUGCAAGUUGGUGGUCUGAUAGAAUCAAAAAGUUAUGGCAUUGGGACAACGCAUGGUUCGCCGUACCGGGAUCGCAUAUCGAAUGAGAUAUUGCAAUUGCAAGAGAAUGGUUAUCUUGAUCAGCUGUAUCGAAAAUGGUGGAAAGAACGGAAUGUGCGUAUUGGAUGUGAUGAUGCUGAUUUUGAUCAACGAAAGAAAUCCUAUACGAAUGAACUCGAUUUAAAGAAUAUCGGUGGUAUUUUCGUCAUGUUGAUAGUCGGCCUUUCGUUUUCAUUUAUUGUUACAUCUCUUGAAUUUUAUUUCAAAGCAAAACGUCGUCGACUACUAGAUGGAAAAUCAACAACAAUUAAAGAACGUCUCAAACACGAUCUGCAUUUUGCUCUCUGCACCAGUUGCACAUCAAGUCGGCCGACUUUUGUUCACGAGAAAGAAAAUCCGGAUAAAGCGAUCAUUCAUGAUGAAAUUUUCGGCGACUUCCAUACCAAAUCGAAUAGUAUACAAAGCCUACCUCGAGGAUCAGCUUCAACACGUGAUCAUGAUCAUAUUGCACUUGUGCCAGUCAACCAUCUACCUCGUCAUCGUGUCACUUAA